AAAUACCUUUGAUUUGCUUGAAUGUCCUCAGAAAUAGAAAAGUUUCAAAAAGGAGAAGGAAAGGACGAAGAGAAGUACAUUGAUGUGGUGAUUAAUAAGAACAUGAAGCUGGGACAGAAAGUGUUAAUUCCCGUAAAACAGUUCCCUAAGUUCAACUUUGUGGGGAAGCUUCUGGGUCCACGUGGCAAUUCUCUGAAGCGUUUACAAGAAGAGACCUUGACCAAAAUGUCCAUUCUUGGCAAAGGCUCCAUGAGAGACAAGGCGAAGGAGGAAGAGCUGAGGAAAAGCGGGGAGGCCAAGUACUUCCACCUCCACGACGACCUGCACGUCCUCAUCGAGGUGUUCGCCCCGCCCGCCGAGGCCUACGCCCGCAUGGGCCACGCCCUGGAGGAGAUCAAGAAGUUCCUCAUUCCCGACUACAACGACGAGAUCCGCCAGGCGCAGCUGCAGGAGCUGACAUACCUGAACGGCGGCUCGGAAAGUGCGGACGCCCCCACGGCCCGAGGGAAGUCCGCCUCGCGCACCAGAGGCGUCCCGACUCCGACGACAGGCAGGGGCAGGGGAGGCGUCACCACCCGGCCCGUUGGCGUUGUGGCCCCACGAGGGGCGUCGGCGUCCAGGGGAGUCCUUUCCACCCGAGGGCUUGUGAGUCGGGGACGAGGCCUUCUCACCCCCAGAGCAAGAGGAGUCCCCCCAACCGGGUACAGACCUCCACCGCCACCCCCAACGCAGGAGACCUACGGCGAUUACGACUAUGACGAUGGCUAUGGCACCGCGUAUGAUGAGCAGAACUACGAUUCCUACGAUAACAGCUAUAGCGCCCCGGCCCAGAGCGGCGCUGAUUACUACGACUACGGCCACGGGCUCAGCGACGAGAGGUACGAUUCCUACGGGCAAGAGGAGUGGACUAACUCGAGACACAAGGCUCCCUCGGCGCGGACGGCGAAGGGCGUCUACCGAGACCAGCCAUACGGCCGCUACUGAUUGUACUGACUUUCUGAUGUUGUGAAAUAGCCCAUCUCCACCCGUCCUGUAAACUGUUCAAAGUAAUUUUUUUCUAUGAACAAUCCCCUUUUUAAAAUAAAUCAAAAUGCCUAAAAAUCUGAAUGGAUGGAACUUAAAACUACUUUGUGGAAACAUCAACCUGGGAAGAAAGAGAAAAAAAAUAAAAAAGACAUGUAGAAUUUUGUUAUUUCCAACCUGUAUAUGAAAAAAAAAAAUAGGUCAUCAAAAGGAAAAAAACACACACAACUUUGAUUAACUAGUGUUAAACAAAAAAAUAGGUUUACUAAACAUGUUAAUCCAUCCUUUAACAUACGCCUCACCUUUCAUUUUAAAGGUUUCCAUAGAGUUUAGUUAUUUUAUCUUUCAGCCAUAUGCCAGUGUUUUUUUUCCCUCGCGUAAAAAGGGAAGCCAAUUACAAGUGCAAAUAAUGUGGUAUUCUUUUUGUAACUCCAGUCUUGAAAUGUUCUGUAGUGUUAAGCAAACUUUCCUCUUGCUUGAUACUAAAUAAACUUUUGAAAGAAA